CCAGUUGCCGGUGCAGUAAAAUAACAUGCAAUUUAGGGGGGCGGCAAGCCCUUGGCGAUAGCCUCGGAGGUUUUUAUAACGGGCCAAGGAUGGCGCCUCACGGCGACCCGCCGGAGCUGCACCAUCGAAUUUUGGCUGCGGCUGGAGCAUCUGUGGUGUCUGCAGUGCUGGUGAAUCCGCUGGAUGUCGUCAAGACUCGUCUUCAAGCUUCAUCGACAGUGGUGGAACGGCCGGUGCCUAGCUGCCUGCUGUCGCGCCUCCCCGGCAGGUACCCAGUUCGCUGGGCGCGUCCCUCCACGCUCGCGGACUGCGCCUCCUCCAAGCUGCCCGCCGGCGUCGUGAGCGGCGGCGGCGGCGGCAUGCGGCCCUCUGCCCAGGGCCCCGGCAGCGCCAGCGGCGUGCCGCACCGACCCCUGCUUGCGCAGCUGCCCAUGUCUUCAUGUGCCUGCGCGGUCAAGGUAGCGGACCUGGGGCCAAGCAGCCUGGGCUCGGCGGAGGGCUGCCUUAACGCUGGGGCCGCGUACCGGCCGCCCACCGCCACGGGCGUGCUACGUGACAUCAUGCGCAAGGAGGGUGUUGCGGCGCUGUGGCGCGGCACCGACACCGCCAUGCUGGCGUCCAUCCCCAUGGUGGGCGUCUACAUGCCCCUGUACGACCACCUGCUGGCCCGCAUCAGUACGGCGCCCGCCGUGGCGCCGUACGCGCCCGUACUGGCGGGCAGCAUCUCCCGUACACUGGCCGUACUGCUGGUGGGGCCGCUGGAGCUGGUGCGCACGCGGCAGCAAGGCGGUGCGGCGGGCGCGGGCGCCGCGCGCACGGCUUGGGGCGCGCUGCGUGAGACGCUGCGUGACACUGCCGCGGCGGGAGCUGGGACAGGCACAGGCGUGGCUGCUGGAACAGCAACAGGGGCAGGGGCAGGGGCGGGGGCGACGGGGGCCGGCGGCGCGGCGGCCACGGCGGCGCUGCUGCGCGGCAUGCCACGGCUGUGGACGGGCGUGGUGGCGACGCUGGGUCGGGACGUCCCCUUCUCUGCCCUGUACUGGGGUAUGCUGGAGCCGCUCAGAGGCGCACUGCUGCAGCGCUGGCAGGCGGAGGGGCAGCACGGAGCAGCCGCGGCGGCGGCGGGCGAGGCCGUGAGCGGGCGGGCCGUGCUAGCGGCGAACCUGAUUGCCGGCAGCACCGCGGGCGCCAUUGCCGCGGUCGUCACGACGCCGUUUGACGUGGUGAAGACGCGACUGCAGAUGGGCGACGUGCGGCAGCGGCAGACCGGCAUGCAGGUGCUGCGGCAGGUGGUGGCGGCGGAGGGCCCGGCGGGGCUGUUCAAGGGCUGGGGCCCCCGCGCCGCCCGCACCGCGCCCGCCUGCGCCGUGGUGGUAGCCAGCUAUGAGGUCCUCAAGCUGCUGCUUUGAGGGGCCCGGGCGUUGCGGUUCGCUGCUGCUGGAAGGCUGUGUGGGCCAAACAAACGCAAGGGCUGUGGAGCCAAUAGCUCCAGGCGCAGGUGGUUUAGCAAAGUAGCGAUUAGGUUAAAUGUGUGUGUAUGUGUUGCCUGCCAGCCAAUUGCGGUAGGUUGCACUGCACGCGCGUGCGUCCGUGCCUGCGCACCGUUCCUCUGGAGUGGGUUGUUGAAGCGCGCAGUGUGCGCUUUGGGGGGCGGCGUGCUGCAGGAGUAUUGUGUACGAAGCUAGCCGCGAAGGUCGCGCCUGCUUGUUUGCUGUUUCGUGUCCCUGGUAUGAUUAUGAUCGGUUGGGUCACGACCGCAUGGGUCUCGUGAAGCUCCGGUUUGUACGAACAUGGUUUGACGCUUGGUUGCCUUUCACCUUAUAUUUAUAAGCAAGAGAGAGUAGGCAGAUAGACUGUCGCGGGCAUUGAGAGUGAGAGCAUGUUGGGUCAAGUAUGAGAGUUGAGAGUACGGUAGCUGACAAGCAGUGGCUGCCUGUGUCCAUGUUUCAAUAGUUGGAACGGUGCAGGCAGACAUGCGGCUGCUUCUUAGGGCUCCUACUAAGGGCUGCGACGAUAGGUGGCGGAGGAUGACUCCGGUUGGCAACAUGAGGAGGCACUGAUCCAAUUGGUUACAGGCCUGAGGACGCACCAGCAACCCGAGAUGUAACGAAUGCGUAGU